AUGUCGGGAGGGAUUGCUGUUGUGGAUGUCGGCUCCGGCCACACACGUGUGGGGCUCGCCGGCGAGGAGGCCCCGCGGGUUGUGGCCGCAACUCUCGUCGGCGCCGCCCGCCCCCGCGGGGUCCCCGGCAGUCUUCUCCAGCACCGCAGCGACGACUACGCCGGGGAGGCCGCCGAGAGGGCCGCCGGCCGCCUCCUCACGCGAAGACCCGUGCAGGGCCGCCGCGUUGCCAACUUUGACGAUCUCGAGCAUCUCCUCCACGACGCCCUCUACGCGUGGCUCCCACUCAUCCCGAGUGAAACGCCGCUCUUGUGGGUGGAGCCGGCGGGAACCACACGUGCCGAUCGCGAGCGAGUCUGCGCACUUCUCUUUGACGUCUUUGACAUCCCACGACUCGCCAUCACGAGUGCGGCGGCAACCACCAUGUAUGCGACAGGACGCACGACGGGAAUCGCACUUGACAGCGGCGAGGACCGCACAACGAUUAGUGCCGUGUGGGAGGGAUAUUCUCUGCAACACGCCGUGCAUGUCUCCGCAGUGGCUGGACGUGCACUCACAGACAGACUCUUCACUUACCUGCGGGGGAAGGGGUAUGCUUUCUCCACACCACAGGAUCAUCGUUUGGUGGAUGAUAUUAAAUGUAAAAUGUGCUAUGUUGCUGCAGAUCUGGAACUAGAAUUAGAACAGUUACGUAAAAAGACACAUUUUGAGAGUUAUCAGUUACCAGAUGAACAGCAUAUCUACCUUCAUGAAAGUCAGUUUACGAUUCCAGAGAUACUCUUUACGCCACCAAUGGAGGAGAGUAGUGAAAUUUUCACUGGUUUUGGUGAGAAGGAUAUGUAUGAUGUAACUCUCUGUAAGAAGGAAAUUGGAUGGGCAGAGGCGGUAAAAAAAGUAGUAGAAAGUUCACCUUUAUAUACUCAGUCUCAUCUUUACGGUAAUAUCGUUCUGGGUGGAGGAAAUACAAUGUUCCCUGGUAUUGAACAACGUCUGCAGCAUGAUGUUGUAGAACUAACCAAGGGUAACAAUAAUAUCAAUUUCAAGAGCAACAUAAGUAAUAGUCAAGAUACGGUGAAUUGUAUUGCUUUUCCUGAUCGUGAUUUGGCUGCAUGGAUAGGAGGUUCAGUAGUGGCAUCUAUGCCAACAUUCUUGCAUACUUGUCUCUCACGCGGUGAAUACCAUGAAAAUGGCGCAGGACUCAUACACACAAGGGUGUCGUAA